AGGAGCCUCCCGGGAGACGGGGAGCAUCACGGGACUUCGGGAGACUUGGAUCACUUCUGUUGACAUGUCUGGAAAGCCAAUUUCUAGGCUCGCAAACCGGAGGCAGUAGGGAAAACCAUAGACAAGGAUUACUCGAAAAGUUAUCGACAGAUUUGCAUGAAAAUCUUAUGAAAGAUGGGUCUCGGCCACGGGAACAGCUGAUACAUUUUCGGAGGGAUCCCGAUCGGGAUGUGGUGAAACAGCUUAUAGGUUUGUGUGGACGUAUGGACAUACAGUCACCGCGGGCCUGGAAAGUGGAGCCAAUGCCGAAGGGCCAGCAGAGGGCGACUCCACUGGUGACAAAAAGAGUGGAUCCAUCCGAUUGGAGCCCCCCCGACUGUGGGACGGGGCACCGGUCCAGCUGGUCGUCAGCGGGACCAGGCUGCAUGUUUCCAAACCAACACCCAUAUGCGUUCCUCGCCAUAGGCCGAGCCAUCAAGACCAACCAGGACCUCCUUCCUGAGACUCCGUGGACCAACGUGCUGUACGACGACUUCUGGGGCACCCUGCUCACCCACAGCGGCAGCCACAAGUCCUUCCGUCCACUCUGCAGCCUCUCCUUCCGCCUCAACUACGCCCUGCACGGCCUGCGUCCCUGGGGCUACCACCUGCUGAACGUGCUGCUGCACGGCCUGGUCACCGGCCUGUUCACGGCCUUCAGUCGCCCGCUCCUGGGCGGAGGAUCGUGGAGCCUGCUGGCCGGUCUCCUUUUCGCAUCUCACCCGGUUCACACCGAGGCGGUGGCCGGCGUGGUGGGCAGGGCGGAUGUCGGCGCCGCUUUGUUCUUCUUGCUGUCCCUUCUCUGCUAUGCGAGACACUGCGGACUUCGCCAGGACCCUCGCGGGGCCUCGGGGGCCGGGAGAGGUGGUGGCAUAUCAGUCACCUGCUGCUGGGGCUGGAUGCUGGGCAGCCUGUGGUGCGCCGCGGCCAGCAUGCUGUGGAAGGAACAGGGGAUGACCGUGCUGGCCGUGUCGGCGGUUUAUGACCUGUUUGUGUUCCAGAGACUCCGACUUCGCCAGGCACUUCUCCUCCUGUUGGGAAAGAAAAAGAACAUGAGUGUUUUGCUGAGUCUUGGCAUGCUGGCUUCCUGGGGAGUGAUUCUGCUGUCAGCCCGUCUCUACUGGAUGGGCAACAGGCCUCCCAACUUCUCCAACUCGGACAACCCCGCGGCCGACUCGCCACACGUCCUCACUCGGACACUGACCUUCCUCCACCUGCCCGCCGCAAACGCCUGGCUCCUGCUGUGCCCCGACAGGCUGAGCUUCGACUGGUCCAUGGAUGCCGUGCCCUUGGUCCGAUCCUUGGCCGACUGGAGGAACCUUCACACUGUUGCCUUCUGCGGCGGUUUUGUGCUCCUGGCUCUGUUUGGCCUCCGUGGCACCGCUUCCAAAGCCAAGGAGACCAAUGGCAAGGCCCAUGUCACUAAUGGGAAAGCAAUCACGAACGGGAACGGUUGCCACGCUCCGGACACAAACCACAACACAGACCACGGGCCGCCAAAGACCGCCCUGAAUGGGUCGGCCGGACUCCACCAUUGCCCGCCCCGGACAUCCCUGCCCCCUACAGAAAACCUAGUACUGUUUUCACUGAGCAUCCUGUCACUGCCCUUCAUCCCAGCCGCCAACCUGUUCUUUUAUGUAGGUUUCGUAAUUGCGGAGAGGGUGCUUUACAUUCCCAGCAUAGGCUUUUGUUUGCUGGUUGCCGCGGGUGCAAGGACAGUGUAUGUCAGACUGCGGACUAGAGGCUGCAAGGCCUCGCUGUCGUGUCUCUGUGUGGGACUAGUGCUGCUCAAUGGACUCCGGACUGUUCAAAGAAACAGGGACUGGAGCAACGAGGAGAAUCUCUACAGGUCCGGGAUCAGUGUAAAUCCUGCUAAAGCCUGGGGAAACUUGGGAAACGUGCUGAAGAACCAGGGCAAGACGGCCGAGGCGGAGGAGGCCUACAGAAACGCCCUGCACUACCGCGGGAACAUGGCCGACAUGCUGUACAACCUAGGUUUGCUGCUGCAGGAGAAUGAGCGCUCUGCCGAAGCGCUGCAUUACUACAAACUGGCCAUUGGGAGUCGACCUACACUAGCCUCGGCCUAUUUGAACACGGGAAUCAUCCUGAUGAACCAGGGCAACCUGGACGAGGCCAAGCGCACCUUCCUCACGUGUGCCGACAUCCCCGACGAGAACCUGAAGGACCCCCACGCCCACAAGAGCUCCGUCACCAGCUGCCUGUACAACCUGGGGAAGCUGCUCCACGAACAGGGCCAGCAGAAGGAGGCCCUGUCUGUGUAUAAGGAAGCGGUGCAGAAAAUGCCCAAACAGUUUGCACCACACAGCCUUUUUAACAUGAUGGGAGAGGCCUACAUGAGGCUGAACAGGCUGGAGGAGGCAGGCCACUGGUACAGAGAGUCCCUCAGGGCCAAGCCUGACCACAUACCCGCCCACCUCACCUACGGCAAACUCCUGUCCAUCACUGGGCAGAAGGCCGACGCAGAGAAAUACUUUCUGAGGGCCGUUCAACUGGACCCGACAAAGGGAACCUGCUACAUGCACUACGGUCAGUUUCUGCUGGAGCAGUCCCGUCUUGGCGAGGCUGCCGAGAUGGCAGAGAGAGCCGCCGAGCUGGACGACUCCGAGUUUGAUGUGGUCUUCAGCGCUGCUCACAUGCUCAGGCAGGCCAGUCUCAACGAGGCAGCGGAGAAGCAGUACGAGCGCGCCGCCGGCCUCAGACCCGACUACCCGGCCGCUCUGAUGAACCUCGGAGCCAUCCUGCACCUGAACGGCAAACUUGCCGAGGCGGAGGCCAACUACCUGCGCGCGCUCCGGCUCAAGCCCGACGACGCCAUCACCCAGUCCAACCUGCGCAAGCUGUGGAACAUCAUGGGCAGGCAGGGCCUCAGGACCCAGCAUGGGCUCGGGGCGCAGAGGAGCGACCUUUGAACCGGGGGCGUUCGCUGCGCCCGUAGCAUGCGCGGAUGACGCGGUGUCCCGCGGAGAACCGAAGCAGGACGGGAUAAAGGAGACGCGAAGGGGGCGAGAAGCUGGGGAGGACAGCUCUCCUUCAGGGCCGGGGGCCUGUGAUGCUUUUCAAGGACAGUCCGAGUUCGUCCGGGAUUCAAAGGGGGCAGGUUCUGCCCAACAACACACCCCCACCGGUGCUGUGCGUCGGCUCAAAGCACUCAAACUGAUGUCAUCGUUUGUACAGAAAUUUGACAGAGUGAUGCUGACUGGUCAAGUGAAUUCGAAGUCCCAUAAAAAGGACCCUGACGUGGAAGCUCUCAAAUAUCAGCUGAAUAUUCUCUCACUAGCAUUGAAGAACCUGGGUUUGUUUCAGAGCACGCCAUUUGAGUGAGGAUGUAGCAGAAGUGUUGAAAUCAUUUCCGCCGAAUGUGUAUUGAAGUCGUCGGCACUGACGGAUGAUCCACAUACUGGUUCGUGGUUAGAAGGGGAACUCCUCUGAUUCCACCCAUCAAGGUCCGUUUACAGGUCCUGGGGGCGAAAUAAGUCGCAUAAAGUCUUUUGUGGCUCCCGACCGAGCUGCGCGAAAUCCAGACUCCUGGAGCGCGCUCCUCAUCUCCGCUUAAGGCUACAUUAACCGCCACUAGCAUGACACACAUGAAUAUCUCGCCCUGCCAGUGGUCUCGGUGCGUUACUGGUGACGCAGGCGCCGGAAUAUUUAUAGGAGCGCAAGGUGAAAUCAAUGGACUCCCUUUUUUUUUUAAAUCCAUAUAAAAGCCAGAGCAAAUUGAUAAUAUCAAAGUCUUGUCAGUGCGUCGACAUCUCCAGGUACCGUCGUGCGAGUCACUGAAGAUGUUUUGCACCCCGUGCAUUUAAAAUGCUUGUGACUGUAAAUAAUACAAAAUAAAAAAAAAUACAAAAUAUUCCCGAGCAGGUGCCAAAGCUUUGUACCGAGUCUUUACGCCUCUCGUGCCGAGCGAGGACCGUCGUCACUCGUGUGCUGUGUGUUUCCCCGUGUCAAAUGAGGACGUCUCAUUUCAUGUGAACAAAAUUUUAUUUAUUAAUAUGUGUUGUUUCAUGUGGAAAAACGCCCAACGCUGAGCUGUCACAUCAGCCCACACACUCGCUCCUUCCUCCGCACACACACAGUACAGUUGGCGACAUGACAAAUGUAUUGUGUUUUUUUUAAUCAUUUAUGUAUUUUGUCUUCCUUUCUCUCUGCUCGGGGACACAGAGAGGGCUCCUCCGAAAUGAUUUGAGGUGUUUUCUUUUCUCGACGAUUGUCAUAUUCGGUUAAAUUAUAGAAAAAUGUGUAGCGGAAAAAAUGUGCCGUGUUUUGUAAAGAAAAGUGAAACUUUUUCCCCAAUAAAAAACGUGAUUUUGUUUUUUUUUGCUCUCA